AUGGCUGGAGUAGAAAUUAAAGAUAACAAUGAUUUCGGUCUACUUUUUAAAAGUUAUUAGCCUGCAUUAGAAUUUUAAACACCAAUCAUUAGUGCUAAUGCUUUAGUAAAUUACAAUGUCAUUAUUCCGCUUAUCGAAUAAAGUGAAGGUUAUAUAGUAGCUUGCAUGGAAAGUUAGGGCACUGCUAAUUCAAUUUUAGGAAUGCUAAUCCAUUAUUAGCAAAUGAAUGAAACUCUAAUAUUUUAUAAAGAUGCAAGUACUAGUUAUUUUCAAAAGAGAGGAUUAGCAUGUUUAGGAAUAAGAAUUGCAGCCAAGAAUGAUAUUUGGGUACUCUAUUAGGCUACAAUUAUUGAUGGAGGUGAUAUUUUCAUUAUCAAGAUAGUUUAAGAUCCAUUCCCAAUAAGUUCCUUCUAAAAUAGGACUCUUAUCGAAUAACAUAAUACCUCGAAUAUUGGAGAAUACAAUUAAAUAGAAAGUAAAUUCAGCAGUUUUCCUGAAGCAAAUACUUUGUUUUCUAGUGUUGUAUUAAAUAAAAUUCCUAAUCUUUAUACUUAUUCAAAUCUGCUUCCAUACAUAAAACUGUGGAAAAAUCAAUCAAUUGCAGGAAAUUAAACUUACUAUGUUUCCAACUUGAAUGUAUAUUAAACUAGAAAACCUAAAAUUUUACCAUAAUACAUAGAUUGCUACCUUGGAGUUGACUGCAAUUUUUACUAUUCUAUUUUCACCUUAUCUCACAUGUGUAAAGAAGAUCUUCCACCAGGAAACAGAUUUGCUAUCAUAAUCUAAGCAAAUGGCAGCUUAUCAAGCUUAAAUGACAAAAUCGUAGAAACUUAGAGCACUUUGAUAGCGAAUCUAAGCCUCUAAGCAUAAUUUAAUAUUGCCCAUAUUGGUUACUAUAGUAUCUCAGUUUAAUAUAUGUUAUCAGAUACAAUGGAUCUUACUAACAAGUGGUAGUUAGCUUAAGAUACCUUCAUAUUAAAUAUAACUAAUGCAUGCUCGGACUUGUUUUAAAUUUUAGAAAAUCCUUAGAAUAUAACUAUCACGCAUUACUUAAAUAAGGAAAUUGUAUAUUACGAUAUACCUAAAUUGGUACUUGCACCUAAUCAAACAGAAAUGCAGUAAAACUGCUUUUAAUAGAGAUUAGUUGUGACAGAAGAAUAUGGGUGGGCAGAUCCUCCUAGUCAUUUCAAAAUGAAUAGAUUAGAUGAAUUUAAGGUAGGAAUUUUUGCUAAUGACCUUGACUUAAUAGGUAUGGAAAAAUUCCUCUAUUAUAUUGAAAUCAGGGCAAAUAUCGAAAACUUUAGCUAACAAACGACAUUAAAUUAUGAAUUAUAUCUUCAUAUUAAAGAAGAAAUAAAGCCAAUAUUUUACCCUCCUGAAUUGAGUUCUAAAACUUAUUAAUUGCAUGAAAACAGCCCACCAUACUUGAUUAUUCCUUUAUCAAGUAUAGAAGUAACAGUAGGCAAGUAGGAAAUUUUAUAACUUAGUAAUAUUAUAGAUAGAGAAAAGGACGAUUAUCUGGUUAAAAUAAAAUCAAAAUAGAGCAAAUUAUUUUUAGAGGCUACAAAUUAGUAAAUUAUCAUUAAUCCGAUAGAAGCAGUAAUAGGAAAACAUCAAGUAACUAUUCAAAUUUAAGAUUAGAACAAAUAUAGCUUGUCUAGUGACUAUGAUUUCUAUAUUAUUGUAAAACCAGAUGUAUCCUCUCAUUAUGAGACUUUGCUAAAAGAUUAGGAAUUAUAAUAAAUUUACAAUAAAACUCAGGAAUUUCAAAUUAUAGGUUAUUUAGAGGCUCAAAUAAAAAAAAUUACAGAUACAGGCUAAGUGAUUGUCCUUUUCAGCUAAGACCUUAACAGUGACAUUAAAAAGUAUAAGUUUAAAGUUAAAUAAGCCAUCUCAAUAUAAGUAGAGCAAUAUGGAUAAGUUUAAGAGCAAGAUUUUGAAGUUAUAGAUAUUUCUCAAAGAGAGCUGAUUAUUCAAGCGAUAUUUUCAGACCCUAAAGAUAUAUCAAAGUACUCAGUAAAUUUAACUUGA